AUCUUUUAAGUAGCAUUUAUCUACACAAUAAUAAUAUGGAGAAAAUUGGAGAAAUUAAAAGUUUUAAUAUGGAGAAAAUUCCAAAGAAGCAUUUUGUUCUAGUUCAUGGAUUUUGUCAUGGUGCUUGGUGUUGGUACAAAAUUAUCAAUUCAUUGGAAAAAUGUGGUCAUAAAGUGACUGCUUUAGACCUUGGUGGUUCUGGAAUUAAUAUGAAACAAUUGAAUGAAAUUGAUUCAAUAUUUGAUUAUGUUCAACCUUUGAUGGAUUUUAUGAUCUCUUUGUCUAAUGAUGAAAAGGUUGUUUUGGUUGGUCAUAGUUAUGGUGGUCUUUGUAUUUCUCUUGCUAUGGAAGCUUUUCCACACAAAAUCUCAACAGGAAUUUUCAUCUCUGCUUAUAUGCCUAAUCAUGUGGAUCCACCUGCUCUACUUAUUCUUGAGUACUUCAGGAGGACUUCAGUGGAGUCGCUUAUGGAUUGCCAAUUUACGUUUGAUCAAGGAAUGGAAAAUCCACCAACAAGUGCUAUUUUUGGCCCACAGUACAUGCAAGCUAAUCUUUACAAGCAUUGCCAACCAGAGGACUUGGAAUUGUCAAAAAUGUUGAUAAGACCAGGAAAGUUUUUCAUACAAGACAUGUCAAAGGAAGGGUUAUUGACACAAGAAAAAUAUGGGUCAAUAAAAAGAGUUUACAUUGUAACACAAGAUGAUCAAGUGAUGCAAGAAGAAUUUCAAAUGUAUAAUAUACACAAGAGUCCUCCAAAUCAAGUCAAAGUUAUUGCCAAUUCUGGCCAUAUGGUUAUGAUAUCCCAACCUCACAAGCUUUCCAUAUGCCUACAAGAAAUAAUUGAGAUAUAGUUAUUAUAGUACUAGUGAAUUUAUUUGAUUGGUCAUUCAUGUUAGAAUAAAAAUAAGAAUUUCAAAACUUAUAUCUUAGUCUCGAUAUAUGUCCUUCGUUUUGUCUUGUUUGUUUAAUAUUUAAAUUAUGAAAUGUUAUUGUUAUUCGUUU